AGGUGAUAUUAUAGAGACGAUCGGUUACAUUUUAGUCGAUGUGGUAUGCGGUUCCAAAUCUGCCAAAUUAAAGUUGCACGUUAUACCGAAUGGGGGCCCUCCUCUCAUGGGCAGAGCUUGGAUAAAAGAAUUAAAGUUAUCUGUUAUUCAAUGUCAUAAUUUGUGUAGUGAAGACUCUAUUGCUCUUAGCCUAAAAGAGGAAUAUCCCGAAGUGUUUGCGGACGGGCUAAGCAGGCACGUUUAAAUCGCGAUUCCGUUUGCGUUUAAAAGACGACACGCCUGUGUUUGUUAAGGCGCGUGCGCUGGCGUAGCACUUCGGGAGCCGGUUGCGCGCGAACUCGAUCGCUUAGAGCCUGUCCAGAUGAGGCGUUUUACGCGCGAGUCGACGCGCGCGUAGACACUCGCGCGUUCCCGAGAUACUACAGCUACAUAUAUUCCGUCCAGAUGAUGACGCGCGUUUCCUCACUCGCGCGUAAAACGCCGGUAACGAGCGAGACUCUCGACUCGCGCGUUCUACGCGCGUAGAACGCGCGAGUCGAGGUACUCGAACGCCGUUACUGCGUCCAGUACUACGCGCGAAUCUGUAGCGAGUGGACGUACUAAAAAUGGAUAACUUCGAUACUGAACUUUUUAUAGACGAAAUUGAAAAAAGAGUAGCCAUAUGGGAUAUGGAAUCUUCAGACUAUUCCAAUAGAGUAAUAAAACGUAGGAACUGGGAAGAAAUAGUCGAAAUUUUUUGUGAACCUGGCGAUUCCCAAGAAAAGAAAAAAGCUUUAGGCAUUUCAUUGCAAAAGAAGUGGAAAGGAUUGCGUGAUGGCUUUGUUAGAGAAAUGAAGAAGAUGAAAACCACACCGUCUGGAUCAGGAGCCUCCAGCAAAGCCAAAUAUAUUUAUUUUGAACGUUUGAUGUUCCUCGAACGAUCGACACGGAAUAAAGCUACUGAAAGCAAUAUCAACACCACGUCUGUAACAGCUGAAGAACAAGAAUUUUCUGGCGAUGGGGAAGAUGUAAUGAGACCUCCGCUUAGUCAGGUGAAAAAGAAAAAAAAGCUGAACGCAGCUGAUGAAGAAUUUCUCGCCAUCAUAAACAAAAAUUUAACAUCUAGAAAUCAGCCACAGACAUCAAACCAAAUGGAGUCAGAUGAUGACAAAUUAUUCUGCAUGUCAUUACACAAGGAGCUUAUUAAAAUACCAAAGGAAAACAGACUUCAAACCAAAAUUGAAUUAAUGAAAGUGCUUCAAGCUCAACAAACCAUGUAUGAUAAACCUUCAGCUGUUCGAUCUGCCUACCAACCUUCUACACAAUAUCAUUACCAAGUAGGGCUAACACAACGUGGACAGAGAGAUUAUUUUGAAGAAACAGGAUAUAACACAACAGAAUCUUUAACAUCUUCGUUGUCCCCUGCAACUUAUAAUCGAGGUUAUUUCACUACGCCACGGAAUACUCUCGCCCAAAACACUCUUCCAACAACACCAUCACCGGCAUCUACACAAGAUUCGCAAGAAUCUGAAUUAAUGGAGCUAUACAAUAAUUAA